UAUUUAUUUAUUUAUUAAGUUGUUCAGCAUUCGUGGAUUAUUUUAUUAUUCAGGAUUUUCCAUGAUUUUUAACUAAUCUGGUACUGCACUUGUUUCAGUUGCCGUCAUGCGAAUCGUCUCACCGCAGCGAAACUACAGGCGUGCCAAGCUGGAAAAGUCCACCGAACCGUACUGCUACAACAGUCGCGGAAAUUUGGUAUUUGAGCGGUACGGCUUCUCGAAGACAAGUGCCCACGGCUCGGGAAAUGUGGUGUAUUGGCGGUGCACCGGCUACCGCAAGCACAAGUGCAAGGCGACGCUUAAAACGCAGAACAAGGACCUGUACGUGAUCAACGCGCGGCACAGUCAUGAACCGAACGCGCGCGGCAGCGUUUUCCCCGCGGCACUUCCCAUUUGGCAGGAAUCAAAUAGUGAACAGGAAGUUCGAAAACCGUCGAAAAUAAAACGAGAAUAAAUAAAUUUAA